GACAGACUUACAAGACAGACUACUUAGAUGUGCGUUUAAAAUGGGUAAAUGUUGCAGCAAGUGUUGCAGAAAGCAGGAGAGUGAUGACGAGGAUGAUUUUUACACCCCUGCGUCGGUGACUGUGACACCACCUCGACGGUCCUCCACACCUCCCCUGUCCAUCCGGCGGAGCUCCUCCUGGCCCGUCUUUCCUCCCCCAUCCACCCUCCCCUCCCUCUCUCCUCCUCCACCCACCACCCUCUCUCACUCCUGCCCCGACAUUGACAUCACCAUCGCCAUCGCCGCCCCCAUUCCCUCCCCGCCUGCAUCCCAGCCGCCUCCGGCUCUUGGCUCUUCCUCUCCCUCUGACUCUUCCUCUACCGCUCCUACGGAGUCGUCAGGGUCAGGGUUGCCUCUGGUCGUGGCAAAGAAUCUGGGUUUCCCCAACCUGGGGAACACCUGCUACAUGAACGCCACCAUCCAGGCUCUUCUGGCCAUAAAGCCGUUCAUAAACGAUGUCCUCAACUGCUGGGGAAAUGCUCCUCCCAUUCUCAGGAGCAUGGCAGAGCUGCAGAUGGUUAGGCAGACCAGCGGCCAAGGGCAGACCAAGGGCAUGCUGCUCACCACCAUCCGCAGGAGCAUGUCUGCAAUCUGCCCGGAGUUCCUUGGCGACCGUCAACAGGACGCCCAUGAAUUCUUCCUCUUCCUUCUAAUUCAAAUGAAGGAAGAGGGAGCCUCCCUGCUGGCCCAUAGGUGUCCCGUGGCAAAUUUGGAGUUUUACAUCACCACUGUCUACAGAUGUAGCACUUGUGGAAUCAGCCGGGACAGGGAGGAGAUGUUCAACCAUCUGUCGUUGCCAGCAGAGGAGGGUGGUGUGGAGCACAGCCUUGACAGCUACUUUCAGACCACUGGGGUGGAAUAUGGCUGCCAGCUGUGCGCGGGCAGGCACGCAACAGCCAAAUCCCACUUCACCACCAUGCCAAAAAUCCUCGUCAUUCACCUGAAGAGGUUCGAUUCUAAAGCCCGCAAAACAAGCCAUAACAUCAGCAUCCCCCUCCAACUACGGCUCAACAGCGGCGAGGACGUUCAGAGGGCUUGGUCCCCACCUCCCAUCGGCUCAGCCAUGGACAGUGAAGGACAGGAAAGUUCAGGAGAUAGAGUGGCGCCCACUGUGCACACGUACCAUCUCGCCAGUGUGGUGUCACACUUGGGGAGCAGCCUGAAGAGGGGCCACUACGUCUGUGACUCUGUUGGAGAGGAGGGGAGCGGUGGGCUGUGCUUUAAUGACAACAGCGUGAAAUACGUUAAAGACAUCGAACGUAAACGCCAAAGCACAGCCUACCUCCUCUUCUAUGAGCACAGGACAUGAGGCCCCCUUCAGCGCUCCGACCACCGAGCGCGGGCAGCUCCCCAGACCCCACCACCUCCUCCUCCACCACUUCCUCCUCCACCACCUCCUCC